CAAACACACACCCACAAUAUUAUUAUACUGCGUUUUCCGCGAUCGCCACUGACUUUCGUUUCACGUUCCUUAUUUAAUAAGAUAUCGUUUAUUUUUCAGUCUCAGGUCCCGACACACGUCCGAAUUUAAAAUAAUAGUUUUCAAAUAUCAUUAGAAAGGAAGUUUUCACUGUGACAAAAUGGCUAAUGCAGAACCUCUUCGUUACCGUAAUGCAUCUAAUCACUCUGAGGUAUUUGGCCUUUCGACUUUAAAUCUCCAGCCGUACGAAUCCAACGCAAAUGCUAAAGAAAACAUGGAAGAAAUGUAUCACACGCUUGUGUUGAAGGUCAAUUCACUAAACGGCGGACCUGAAGAAAAAAAUUUAAAUUCACAAUUGGCGGCCGCAUGCUAUCAGUUAGGACGAAUAUACUACGAAAUUGGAGAAAAUCCAGCAAUGGCCGAGUCUAUGUUUAUCAAGGCCAAAAACACUGUCGAAGGUCACGAAUCGGAAGCUGACAACAUACUGAGCGUCAUCAAUUCCCUUAAUAUGCUGGCGUACAUUAAGGAAAAAGAUGACGAAAAUCACGAGGAAGCUUUGAAAUACUUACUGGAGUCAGAUAAUGUAUACCAAAAGUACAACCAGGAGAGGUUGGGACCGGCCACGAUCGUCUCCAAGCUGCUGUCGAAUUGUCCGAGAAAACGCAUGAUCACGAGCAAGAAUCCUCUGAUAAGUGCACGACUGUUUUCGCUGUUCUAUAUCGUCGAGGUGUACAAGGGCCUAGGCAUGAUCACCGACGCGCUUAUUUCCACACAUUUUACACUCAAGCUUCAACUGGAAAACAAUCUGUACCUGCAAAGCCCUCUAGAUUGGGCCCUGUCUUCUGCCCUAGUUGCGAAUUUGCUUGUCGAACAGAACGCCUACCAACAGGCCAGACAUCAUUUAGCGGCAGCAUCUACAUUCAUGGAAAAGAUUAUACCUAGCAAAUUCAUCAAUCUAUUCAAUUCAGAAACGUACAAACAAUAUUCAGCAGACAUUGCGCGUUGUUGGGUCAGAUACGGAUUGAGAUUACUGAAGAAGUCCAAGUCCAGAUUGUUGAAGCAUAAGACGCAUAGACAAUCGCCUGAGAUCUUUAAUAAUUUAUUAUUCAAUAAUUUCACCAUGUGGAACGAAGAACGUGUGACACAGUACUAUGUGAAUAAUUACGAGGACGCGCAAACGUUAGCUAACCACAUAUUGGUAAACCUUACUGCUACGAAAAAUUAUUAUUCGUUUGAAAAGACGGCCAAUUACUAUUCGGAUCUAUGCAUGGACACAUGCACCGUGUACAAAUUAUUGUCCAACUUUCAAGACAACCCAGACAAGAUGGGCAAGCUUUUCAAAAAAGGAAUCGUGGACUUAGAGUUGGUGGCCAACAGACUCAACGAGGAAAAUUGCAUGAACAUCUGCAGACGCAUUUGGUAUGAAUUGGGAACAGUGUAUAGCGAUAUGAUGGAUAUCAAGUACGAGCGACACGUCAGGAAUAAACUGGUGCUCACGGACGUCGCGAUUAAGAAGAUCAAUCGUUACUCGACGUCGGCCAUGAAAUAUUAUUUGAGAUUUGUCGAAUCGUUUUACGUGCAAAGAAAGUUUCCAGAAUAUGUGAGUGAUGCAUAUGUGAAACCGGUGCUGUUAGCUCAUAUGCACAUGGCUAGAUGUAAUAACAAAAAGAUUGUCAAUCAAAAGAACGUUAAAUUAGAGAUUUUGUUUCAGUGUAAACAAUACUACCAGACUGUUGUGGAUUACUGCCAGAAAGAUCCUAGAGUGGAAGCUAUGAUGCCGAUCGAGAUGACAACUUGCAAAGGACUAUUGGAGUCGAUUCCAUCAAGGGUAGAUCAACUGCUCAAGACCAAAGGCCCAGUAAAAUAUUACGUAUAAUAUUCUAAGCCAAAGAACGAAUCAAGUGACUAUAAUAGUAAGAUCUUUAAUUUAUAUAACAUAUAAAUGCCAUUUCCCUACUCUCAAACAGUCAAUAUUAUGUAUUUUUUUUAUUUUAUAUAUUUGAAUAUUUAAAUUUUUAUUUGAUACAAAUCUAAAUAGGUAGGUAUUUAUUAAAAUCUUGCAAAGAUUGAGAAAUUAAUUAACCUUCUAAUGAACAAUAAACUCAACACAUUAUAAUAAUACUCAUGAUCAAUUUUUACUGUUUUGAAAAUGUUUAUUGUUUGUUAUAUUGCUGUUAAAUAUAGUCCGUGGCGUAACAUUAAAAUCUGGGCUCAGGAUUGAUAUUUUCAGAGGCUCCUUUUUAUAAGGAUAGCCAUAUACCUUUAUGUUGGGUGCUGUGAGAUUUAAAGGUUUUUAAAUAUAACAUGUUGAUAUUUUGGAAAUAUAUAGGUAGGUACUUGUCUUUUAAAAAAAAUUGCAUCUUAAUUCCUGUAAUAUAACAACAUUUAGUUUUGAACUGAGAGAUGAAAGAUUUAAAAGUUAUACCGGUAAACAUUAAUUGCUGUUAUUCAUCUUCUAAAGAGUAAUUUAUUUGUAUUUUAAAAGACUGUUAACAUGAUACAUAUAUCACAAUUCUCAAUACGUAGGUAAGUAUCUAUCUAUAUUGCUGCACCCUCCAGGCUCCAAUUGCUCAAUAGUUACGCCAUGUUGACACAGCUCCUACUUACUGUUUUGUAUUAAUUAUUGAGUACAAUUUUUAUGUGUGUUAAUUGUGUAUUGUACUAAAUAUAUUAUUUAUAUUAUAUCCUUAAUGAAAUAUGCUAGUAGGUAUUACACUGUUUAAAAAACUUAGAACAUUUAUAUAGGCUAAAAUAUUCUGAAAUGAAUUGUACUACCUACCUAUUUAAUUAUUAUUUUUAACAUUUUAUUUAUUUCUACCUACGAUUAAUGAAUAAUUUAUGUAUCUAUCUCCUUAAAAUUUUAGUAUUAGUAAGAAAAUUUAUUUACAUAAUGACAUUAUAGUGUGUGUUUGUAGUUAUAAUACCUACUAAAUUAUUAAUUAUAAUAAUAAUUACCUACUGAGUUUUAAAACUUCAAUUUGAUAUUAACCAAGUAUUUAUUGUCAUUUUAUGAGUAUGACUUAUGAUUCCAUGAACUUUUUUUAUAUCUUUAUUGUAUUACAAAGAACUAUUAUAUAGACUAGCAUUAUUGAAAAAACUACAAAACCUAUAUUUAUUAAAUAAUUAUAUAGGUGCAUUUUAACUAAUGCAAUUAUUUUUUAGCUAUUUAGUUAGGUACUAAUGAAAUAUCUUAUAAUAUAAUAUACUAUAAUAUUAGCUUUAGUAUUGUAUUAUACUAAAGCAUAAAAUACAAUAUGGAAACCUUAAAACCCAUCAAAAUAUACAAUGUAUAGUUAAUAAUGAUUAAAUGUACCUAAUUGGAUAGUAUAACCAUUACCUAUAUCUCUUAGAAAUUGUAUGUAAUACAGAUCAAUUUCUACUGUUGCUUUAUAGUAAAAUCUUAUUAUGUCAAACGUCGAUAUUUUUUGUAAUCUUGAAUUCAAUUGAAAUCUUCUUAAAACAAUUACCAUUAUAAUAAAACUCAAUAUCUUGAACAUUUUUCUGUUCCCUUUCGGUUACGACAUAAUGGGAGUUUACUGUAUAUUAUAAUUUGUGGUUUGUAGUAAUUAAUAAAGUAAUAAGUAAUGUAUAAUACCUAAUCAAUAGUUUAGUAUGGCCUAAAUUUUUACCUAUAAUUUAAUUGGAGAAUUGAAUAAAACAUGUUUUAACAUAAUA